AUGGAUGGGUGCCUGAAGUAUCACUCACUUUUGAAGUGUUUGAAACACUUCAUUUUUGUUCUUGUUAUGUUUGUUCUCUGCAAUUUAUUAGUUGCUGGUGGAGACACCCUCUCUCUCGGGGCUUCUCUCAGGGGAAAGCAGACCAUAACUUCAAAGAAUGGUACGUUUGAAUUGGGAUUUUUCAAUCCCAAUGGAACCAACAACUGGUAUGUUGGCAUCUGGUAUGCUCAGGUCCCUGAGAAGACCAUCAUUUGGGUGGCUAACAGAGAAACUCCCAUCACAGACAUGCCCGGAGUUUUCACGCUCUCUUCAACUGGUUAUCUCACUGUCUCUGAUUCGCAAGGAAAAGUCAUUUGGUCAAGUAAUGAUACUCAGCAAGCCAAGGCAUCCAGUGCUUCGAUACUGGACACUGGUAAUUUUGUUCUCUUAGGAGCACAAAACACUUCUGAGACUGUGUGGGAGAGUUUCGCACAUCCCACAGAUCAUUUUAUGCCUACCAUGAAGCUUUGGAAAGGCAUGAAAGUGAACUCUUGGAAGAGUUCAGUCGAUCCAGCGCCUGGGCCCUUCUUUGUCCAGAUGAAUCCAUCCCCAGGAAAGAAAGACUUUUUGCUGCAGUACAAAAAUGGUGUUUCAUAUUACAGCUCGGGAGACUGGACAGGCAAAUAUUACUCCACCACUAUGUUACCAGAAACGAGAAACGAGAAACGCAACCGCAAUGGCAACGUGACGAGAAACGGAAUUUUAAAAGGUUGCGUAUAA